AUGGUGUUAUUCAGAAGUUUUGUCUUCCUCUUAGUCCUAUACCUGCUGCAGGGGUCCGAUACUUCCUUUGUUCGGCUGAAUAACAAUGGCUAUGAAGGCAUCAUCAUUGCUAUAAACCCUGGUGUGCCAGAAAAUGAAACACUAAUUGAAAAAAUAAAGGACAUGGUGACUGCAGCUUCUACUUACCUAUUUGAAGCCACAGAAAGAAGAUUUUUUUUCAAAAAUGUAUCAAUAUUAAUUCCUGAUACUUGGGAGGAAAAGCCUCAAUACAAGAGACCAAAACAUGAAAGCUACACACAUGCUGAUGUUUUAGUUGCACCACCUACCCUACCAGAUAGAGAUGAACCAUACACCAAGCAUUUUAAACUCUGUGAAGAAAAAGGAGAAUACAUUCAUUUCACCCCUGAUGUUGUACUUGGGAAAAAACAAAAUGAAUAUGGACCAACAGGCAGACUACUUGUCCAUGAAUGGGCCCAUCUCCGCUGGGGAGUUUUUGAUGAGUACAAUGACGAUGAACCUUUCUACAGUGCUUCGUCUAAAAGAAUUGAAGCAACAAGGUGUUCCACAGGUAUUACUGGUGUGAACAGAGUUUAUAAAUGUCAAGGAAAUAGCUGUGCACCUAAUAAAUGUAAAAUUGAUCCUAAGACAAAACUAUAUGAAAAAAAUUGUCAAUUUUUCCCUGACAAAGAUCAAACUGAAAUAACAUCCAUAAUGUUUAUGCAAGGUAUUACUUCUGUUGUUAAAUUCUGUAAUAAAGACAACCAUAAUGGAGAAGCUCCAAACCUACAAAACAAGAAGUGCGAAUUCAGAAGCACAUGGGAGGUGAUCAGCAAUUCUGAGGAUUUUAGAAACACCACACCUAUGGUGGAAUCACCCCCUUCACCUGUCUUCUCAUUGCUGAGGAUCAGAGAUAGAAUUGUGUGCUUGGUUCUUGAUAAAUCGGGAAGCAUGGGGGGUUAUAACCGCCUAAAUCGAAUGAAUCAAGCAGCAAAAUAUUUCCUGCUACAAGUUGUUGAAAAUGGAACCUGGGUGGGGAUGGUGCAUUUCGAUAGUACUGCCAACAUUAAACAUGAGCUAAUCCAAAUAAUAAGCACCAAUGAAAGAAAUAUGCUCUUGAACAGCUUGCCUACAGCAGCUGGUGGGGGAACUUCCAUCUGCCGUGGAAUUGAUGCAGCAUUUCAGGUAAUAAGCAAAAGAUACUCGCAACUAGAUGGAUCUGAAAUAGUGCUGCUGACGGAUGGGGAGGAUAGCUCUGCAAAAAAUUGUCUUGAUAAAGUAAAAGAAAGCGGGGCCAUUAUUCACUUCAUUGCUUUGGGACCAUCUGCUGAUCUUGCAGUCAUAGAGAUGAGCAAUGUAACAGGAGGAAUACAUUUCCUUGCCUCAGAUGAAGCCCAGAACAAUGGCCUCAUUGAUGCUUUCGGGGCCCUUACAUCAGGAAACGCUGAUAUUUCCCAGAAGUCUAUUCAGAUUGAAAGUAAGGGAUUAACACUCAAUAAUAAUCACUGGAUGAAUGGAACUGUAAUAAUUGAUAGCACUGUGGGGAAGGACACAUUCUUUCUCAUCACAUGGGUAGGACAGCAGCCCACAAUUUCUCUCUUGGAUCCCAAUGGAACACCAAUGAAAAUUUCCACAGUGGACGCUGCUUCCAAAAUGGCCUAUUUCAGUAUUCCAGGAACUGCAAAGGUGGGUGUUUGGACUUACAGUCUUCAAGCCAAAGCAAACUCAGAAACAUUAACUAUAACAGUUAAUUCUCGAGCAGCAAAUUCUUCUGUGGCCCCAAUCACAGUGAACGCUAAAAUGAAUAAAGACACAAACAGCUUCCCCAGCCCAAUGAUUGUUUACGCAGAAAUUCUACAAGGGAAUAUACCCAUUCUUGGAGCCAAUGUGACUGCAUUCAUUGAAUCAAGUGCUGACACUUUCAAGGAUGAUGGGGUCUACUCCAGAUAUUUUACAGCUUAUUCAGAAAAUGGCAGGUAUAGUUUAAAAGUGCGAGCACAUGCAGGAGCAAACACUGCCGCACGAAAUUUAAGGCAUCCACCAAAUAGAGCUGCAUACAUACCAGGCUGGGUAGUGAAUGGGAAAAUUGAAGGAAAUCCACCAAGACCUGAAAUUAAUAAGGAUACUCAGACAAAUUUGGAGAGUUUUACCCGAACAGCAAUUGGAAGUGCAUUUGUGGUUUCAAAUAUUCCAACACUUCCCUUUAUAGAUAUUCUAAAUCAGUCAAAUAUAACACAUUUUAACUGGUCCCAUUUUCAAACAAAAAUAGUUAAACAGUAUAUCAUAAGAAUAAGUGGAAGUAUCCUGGAUCUAAGAGACAAGUUUGAUGAUGCUCUGCAAGUAAACACUACUGAUCUGCUACCAAAUGAGGCCAACUCCAAGGAAACCUUUACAUUUAAACCAGGAAAUAUCUCAGAAGAAAAUGCAACCCACAUAUUCAUUGCCAUUCAAAGUGUGGAUAAUAGCAGUUUGACAUCAAAAGUAUCCAACAUUGCACAAGUAGCUUUGUUUAUUCCUCAAGGAGAUACUGAUGAAAUCCAUCCAAAUCCUGAUGAGAUCCAUCCAAAUCCUAAUCCUGGAAUUAGCAUUUCUUCUUUGGUGCUGCUAGUGGUUGGAUGCGUGGUCCUUGUUAGUAUUAUUUUAAGUGGCACUAUUU